AUGGAGACGCCCGAGGAGGCUUUUGUGCGGUAUAUUCACCGCAUCGGGCGAACCGGGCGGGCCGGGGCGACGGGGAUCGCCCUCAGUUUCCUCGCCUUGCCGUUGGGGCGGCUUCAAAAGGCCGCCGCGGCGAUGGGGGGCAGGCAUGCUGCGGGGUUUCCUCUUCCCGGGCGGACGGAGGGCCGAGGGGGGGAUGAACUCUCGCGGCGCAUCUACCCGCCCGGCACCACCGAUCUUGCCAAACAGCGGGAUCGGGACCGCUUCGAACUGACCCACCCCAAAGCGGGGGAUGACGGCGAGAGCGCCUUUGACAGCGCGGAGGAGGAGGCCGUGCGAAUCAACCCCUCGGAGGAUCCGGAUUCCGAUCGGGAAAGUGGCGACUCGAACGACAACGCGAGACGGCCUCGAAAGCAUCUUCGACGGGACGACGGCUCCUCGGCGACGUUGGCGGGUGAUGGCAGGAAGGAAUCGCCCGUUCUGUACAGCGAUGAGAGCCUGCUGAGGCCGCUUUGGAAUUUUUUCAUCCAUUGCAUGGAAGGAAAUGGAUACUCGAGGGAGGAGGCCGUGCGGGCUUUGCGGCAGCAAACGUACAGCAAAAUUGAUUUACCACCCGUCCUGGCAUUCAUUAUGCAUGAGGUAUCCACACAAAAGGGGAAGUAUGGCACUAUUACCCAAUAA